UCAAUCUAUUAAUACCAAAUAUGAAUAAGAGAUUUCGAGGGGUUCAUUUUCAGUACAGAUUAUUCAUUUCACAAAAUUCACUUACACUUGAUACAUCCAUCCACCAGGCGGUCAAGAGAGUAAGUACGCCCAUACCUCCAAAAGCGGCCAAUGUUCCAUACCCAAAUGAUCGCAAGGCGAAGUGUCGAGCAUCAGCUCUAGAUUUGGCAUACUCGGCUGGGGUCAUAACAGGUUGAGGAGGCGGUAUGUGCAAUUGUGCACCUACGGGUGUGGGUUUUGCUGUGGUUGCUGCUGUGGUUGCUGGUACUGGAACUUCAGCGGCUACAUGGCCGGAUGUGGCUGCUGCCUCAGCUUUCAUUUCUCUAGCAUGUUUGCGAUUAGCUUGCCAUAUGGAUCCCGCUAAACCAAGAACAAAGGCAGAAGCAGCUCCUGCUAGUAGUGUUUUGGGCUGUAUUGGUGGUUCAGAAGCUUUCUUUGUAUUCGUUGACAUUGCAAGUCCAGCUGGCUGUAGCUUAGGAACAAAAUUGUCGAUUAUUUUUUUGACGAACUGGUAUCAAUACAGCCAAAAUAAAAAGCAGUCUUUCUAACGCCGGAAAAUCCAUCAGCGUCCUUAACAGCAAGCUCUCAUUGAUUAGAAUAAUGGCAGCCAAAGUACCGAAUUAUAUACGUGUUAAACGACUUACAUCC